AUGUUUGAAACCCAUCACCCUUCAAAAUCACUUAGGUCAGCAGAUAAAUCCCAACUGGUACAACGCAGAGCCCGCACCAAGCACGGAGAGGCUGCCUUUAGCUGCUAUGCGGUCCGUCUCUGGAACUGUCUUCCAAUAGACAUGAAGACCUCUCCCACCAUUUCCAUUUUUAAAUCCAGAUUAAAAACUAAACUUUUUCAUGAUGCCUUCCAUCAACCUAUCCUUGCAUCUGUGCUCUACCAGGUCUUUAUCUCUCAAAAUGCUGCAGCCCGCAUCAUCACUAGAACACCUUCCUCUCAGCACAUUACGCCUGUUCUUGCAGAGCUUCACUGGUUACCUGUAAGAAGCUUCUCAGACAGCACCGACCGCCACGCAGCCUGCGCUCAACGACCAGUAACCUACCUGCGACACCGCUCGUACGCCUAUUCACCAUUUGGCUCACAGGUCAUCAUAAUAUCUGAGCAGUUUCUCACUCGACCGUCGUUCAGUCUGCCGAGCGUCCCAUCCUUCCUGCUGCUGCAGCAUCAACAUCAGCUGAUUGGUGUUAGCUGUCAGGUGAGAUGCUUGGAGAGUUGGUCAUGCUGUGCCUUCCUUUUCUUUCAAACAUGGGUGGUGCAGCCGCAGCAGCAGCAGCAGCAGCAGCCGCAGCCGCAGCAGCAGCCGCAGCAGCAGCAGCAGCAGCAGCAGCAGCAGCAGCCGCAGCAGCAGCAGCAGCAGCCGCAGCCGCAGCAGCCGCAGCCGCAGCAGCAGCCGCAGCAGCAGCAGCAGCAGCAGCAGCAGCAGGUGGGGACACCUAACAGGAGCAUGAAGGACCUGAGCUGGGCUCUGAUCUGGGUGGUUCUGACUUCUGUCUGGACCUCAUCAACAGGAGACGUGGAGGUGUUCUGUGUUUUCCAUCAGAGCUGCAUCUUACCGUGCAGCUUCCACGGUGCUUCUGAAACCGUGAUCCACUGGACUCAUCUGGCAGCAGGAGAAUCGGCGGUCCACUCUUAUUAUGAUGGUGAAGACCAGCUGGGACGCCAGGACCAGAACUUUAGAGGCAGGACGUCCCUGUUCCAGGAUCAGAUCUCCAGAGGAAACGCCUCCCUGCUGCUGAGAGGAGUUCAGGUCCAGGAUGGGGGGAGGUACAGAUGCUCCUUCAGCAUCACAGAUGCUGACAUGUCCUUCGUUAAUGUCAUGGUAGAAGCUCCAGUCUCUAAGGUGAACAUCACUGAGGUAGACGACGGGCUCAUCUGCAGCUCAGAGGGGAUCUACCCUGAACCUGAACUCACCUGGUCCACCGUCCCUCCGUCCAACAUCAUCCUGAAGAGCACAACCAUGGUGAGGCUGGCUGAGCAGCAGCUCUACAGCAUCAGCAUCUCUCUGACGGUUUCAGAUGGUUCUGAUCAGGUCUACAUCUGCACCGUCAGAACCAGCAGGAGCAGCAUGGAGGCUGUAACUCGGGAGAAAACUAAAACAGUUUGGAGUAUUGGACUGAUAGUUCUGGUGGUUCUGCUGGCGGCGCUGAUGGGGGUGCUGCCGUGCAUCUGUGAGAAACUCAAAAAGCGCUGUAAGGAUGCUAAAAGCUGUUUGUUCCUUCGUCAGCCCCAGAGAGCAGAAGAACCUCCUCGCCUCAGAGCCUCGUGUCACACAGAGCAGCAGGAUGAAGGGAUCAGACCUCACGGAGGCCAGGGCGAAGAAGACACCUGUUUAGGAGGAGACAGAAUCACAAUUCAACAGGAAACCAAAUCAGUGUAAAAUCUACACAGCUGGACCAAGGUUGUCACGGAAACGACAGGAAGAUCUGACAGACAUGCGAUGAAGCAAUCAGCUGGACUUCUUUUCUUUAAUAUUAUUAAUUUAUUAAAUAAGAAAUUUGAGCGAGAUUCAUAUUUUAAUCGUCUGAAAAUCCGAACACGGAAUCUGGGAAGACUGAACGGACUGGACCAGGCUCUAAACCGGAACACAUCCUCACAACCUGAGCGUCGAAAAAUGACACGUGUGACCAAGCGUUUGUUUCCGACGCGUGAGGAGAGCCCCGACGCGCUGCCAGAGCGUCGGUAUCUGACGCCCGCGGUAAAACGGACGUUUGAGCGACUUGUGACCUUUACCCUCUUGUGAUUUAACCUUUCCCCCCACCCCCAUCCUAACCUUAGGCAGCUUGCACAUGCAAAGCUUUGUUUCGCGUCUCAUCGUUCCUCUCAAACACGCUUGACGGAAAAUUUAGACUGAUACUGGGUUAAGGUUAGGGGUGAGGGGUCAGAGGUUAUGUAGUGCUAACACAAUGAAGUAAAGUCUGCCUUUGCAGGCGUUCCAGCUCUCACAGCAUGAUUACGCCCUCCAGGCGAGGCCGACCAACCAGAGAAAACCCUAACCCUCUAAACCAAUCCAACAAGGCCAGCAGGUGGCAAUGCAUCACUGGGAAGAUAAAACAUCUAAUUACAAACUACACUAAUUAUCAACAAGCAUUUAAUACCUAAACCAUGUUACCUGUGUGAUGUAACGGCUCCAUGCACACAUCCUCUCAGUCCAACAAUCAACUGUGUUGUCUGCACUAAAACUCUGUGGAUUAAGAUCAAUCGUCCUUCGUUAAAACGGCUACACAAUCACCCAUAACAUCCAAAAAUGUCCACCAAACACUUCAGGUGAGACCGGCCAACGGCCUGGCCUCCCACAGGAAACUGGCAGUUACCGGCCAACAGCUGGUUCCACUUUAAAUUACUUACUGGGCCAGUGACACCCACUGCAGCUAGAGGGCGCUGUGCCAGAGCGUCCCCUCCCGACGCGCAGGGGCGCCCUAUGCGUCAGAAACAAACGCUUGGUCGCACCGCGUCAGUUUUCCACGCCCAGGGUGUGAGAACGUUCUCGUUUCCCUUCCUAAAGACGACUGUUUUUAAUUUUUUUACGUAUAAAUUAUCAGAAGAUGUUUGUUCCCUCUGGUUCAGAUAAAAGGACACAAUUAUAAAUGAUUAAAUCAAACACUGUCAUGUAAUGUUAGGCCUAUGUCUAGGCUGCCUGCUAGCCCCAUGUUGUUCAUUACUGCUGCAAUAAUAGAAUAUACUCCAUUAAAAAGGACAUGAGUUUUGUAUCAACUCUCA